UGUCAGGUGUGAGUGAGUGUGUGUGAACUUGUGCGCAGGGAUGUUUUCUGGUGCUCGCCUCUCCGCUGGCUAUAUAGUCUGGAGCGCCUUUGCGCGCCAUGGCGCAGCCGGAGGACGGUGACGGAACCAGGCGUCCUCCUCGAGGCAGCUGCUGCUCUGGAGCUGCUUUCCGGACAUGAAGCCUUGAAAAUCCUGCUGAUCAGAUAUUUCAGGUGUAGGAAGCUCACCCGGACAUAAAAGCUGCUCUGAGGCGCGCGGACUCUGCUCUCGGGCGUUUUUACGCGCGCGGCUCUCUUCUCCUCCUCCUCCUCCUCCUUUUAAAGCCAGCCGCCGGUGGGAUCAUGACCGGGGGCGCAGCAGCUGACCGGACUCCCUCCGUGGCAGUGAAGAUCUUCUCGGCGGGCUCGGCGGGGUGCGUGGCGGACCUGGUCACCUUUCCUCUGGACACGGCCAAAGUGCGCCUGCAGGUCCAGGGGGAAUCCGGCCUCUCUCCAAAGGGCCAGCGGGCCGGGCACAGGUACAGGGGCGUGUUCGGCACCAUCUACACCCUCGUGAAGGCGGAGGGGCCGGCCAGCCUGUACAGCGGCCUGGUGGCGGGGCUCCACCGGCAGACGUGCUUCGCCUCGGUCCGGAUCGGCCUGUACGACUCCAUGAAGGAGCUCUACAGCGGGGGGACGCAACACGCAGGAAUCCUCCCCCGGCUGCUGGCGGGCUGCACCACGGGCGCCAUGGCGGUGGCGUUUGCGCAGCCCACCGACGUGGUGAAGGUCCGCUUCCAGGCUCAGAGCCGGCUGCCCGAGAGCUCGGCCAAGAGGUACAGCGGCACCCUGGAGGCCUACAGGACCAUCGCCAGGGACGAGGGCCUCCGAGGACUCUGGAAAGGGUGUCUGCCGAACGUGGCCCGCAACGCCAUCGUGAACUGCUCGGAGCUGGUGACCUACGACAUUAUCAAGGAGCUCAUCCUGAAGUACGGCCUGAUGACAGACAACAUGCCGUGCCACUUCACCGCCGGCUUCGCGGCGGGCUUCUGCACCACCGUGGUGGCGUCGCCGGUGGACGUGGUGAAGACCCGCUACAUGAACUCGGUGCCCGGGCAGUACAGCAGCGCCGUGCACUGCGCCCUGACCAUGCAGUUCAAAGAGGGGCCCACGGCGUUCUACAAGGGCUUCAUGCCCUCGUUCCUUCGCCUGGGAUCCUGGAACAUCGUGAUGUUUGUGAGCUUCGAGCAGAUUAAGAGACUGGUGGUGAGACUUCAGCGGUCCUGUGAGGCCUCGCCCGGCCCGGCCUGAGGGCGUCUUCUGCUGCUCCUCCUCAGGGGAAACGACAAGAAGCUACAGCCAGCUGCUUUUCUAAUGUCUGUACUGUUUUUAACCCGUCUUCCUUCGCUGGACGCCUCUGGACACUUGUGGCUUUCUGGGAUGGAAAUGUUUCUUCCUCCAGCGAUGAAGCAGACAGUCGGUCACGACAGAAACCUGUUCAGAGAAAUGAACGCAGAGCUGCUGACGCUCGCCGCUUCAAGUCAUUUAUUUCUACACACAAACCUUCACAUGAUGAAAGACAUUCUGUUUCUGGGU